AUGGAGAAAUCAAACCAAACAAAUCCAACAGGGUUCAUUCUACUAGGCCUAUCUACUGUUCCUCACCUUCAGUAUUUGUGUUUCCUUCUAUUUUUGGUGAUGUUUAUGAUCACAAUUUCAGGGAACCUUUUACUUAUUAUUGUGUUGAGAAUAAACCCAGCCUUACACAUCCCUAUGUACUUCUUCCUGGGUAAUCUCUCUUUUAUUGACAUCUGCUUCUCUUCCACGAUUGUUCCCAUAAUUCUUAUUAAUACUCUAUCUAAGGACAGGAGUAUUUCACUAUUGGGCUGUGGAUUUCAGAUGUUCUUCUCAUUAGUACUUGGAGCAACAGAGUGUAUUAUACUUUCAGUCAUGGCCUAUGAUAGGUUUGCAGCCAUUUGUAGGCCAUUACAUUAUAACAUUAUCAUGAAUAAGAUGAUGUGUGUGUGUUUAGCUCUAACAUCAUGGAGCGUGAGCAUAGUAAAUGCCCUCAUACAUGUGCCACUCACUUUCCAAUUACCCUUUUGUGGGUCUCGUGAUGUCAACAAUUUCUUUUGUGAAGUGCCUCCUUUUUUAAGAUUGUCCUGCAAAGAUCCUUGGCUGAAUGAGAUAGCAAUGUAUAUAGCAACCGUAAUCAUUGCUGUCUGUGCUUUCUCUUUGACUUUAAUUUCAUAUGUACAUAUAAUCUCUACCAUUAUGAAGAUUCACUCUUCACAAGGAAGACAAAAAGCUUUUUCCACAUGCACAUCCCACCUCACUGUUGUAACCCUUUACUAUGGGACCAUCAUGUCUGUGUAUCUUCAACCUCGAUCUUCUUACUCUCUGGAGACAAACAAGACUGUGUCUGUUCUUUAUACAGUAGUCACUCCAAUGUUGAAUCCUAUUAUCUACAGCAUUAGAAAUAAGGAUGUUAAGAAUACUUUAUUAAAUAAUCUAAAAGGAGAAAACAAACAACCUAAAUAA